AUGGCGAAGCUCUCACUCCUCCUUGCCGGCUUGUGCAUCAGCUCUGCAGUUGCUACGCCACGCGGUCGCAAGCGAGGCGACGGCUGGGGAAGUAAUGACCAAGGCCAUGAGACCGCGUCUGCCGGCUGGGGCGAAAGUCCAAAGAGACAUGGCGGAAAGCCUUAUGGUGGCCAGCCCGGGGGCUACGGAGAGUCUUCAGCCGAGACAAGUCCAUGGGGAUACGGCUCGACCGCCAGCUGUGCGGCCACCACCGUCUAUCAGACUCAGAGUGCGUCCACGGUGACAGUGACCUCAGUUUCGACCAGCGUAUCGACCAGCGUCGUCUCCGGCAAGGGCAGUACGGUUACGUUGCCGGGUUCGCUCACCACAAUCUACCAAACCGGCAAAGGCAGCACAGUCACUCUUCCUGGAGCCACGCACACCUCGACCGUCGUUCAGUCAGCAUCAUGCAAUGCUCCCGUGACGGAAUGCGCAUCUACGGUCACGCAAACCGACUACAUCACCCGGUCUGCUCAAGGCUACAACUUUACGGCCACCGAAACUUCUGUCCUCACCCGUCCAGGUCGCACCAUCACUGCUUAUGAGUACGCUGACCCUUCUUCCUGUUCUCAAUGCUCGCUAACCAUUCGCCAAAGGACAUCAACUCUGGACGUAACCAUAACUUCGGUGUCGCACGCACCAGCCCGGACGUCUACUGUCACGUCUGUCGAGGAGACUACUGAGUACGAGACUCGAACGUUGGCGGGCACCACGUACACCAGCACCAGUGUUGAGCAGAUCACUGUGCAUGAGACGCAAACGAAGACACUUCCAGUCGCCACAGAGACUCAAACUCAAAUGAUCACUUCCGAGUUCACCUCUACUUCGACAGAGACGCAAACACCAAGCACUAUCUACAAGACGACAACGAUCCCAGCAGGAACAAUCACUCGCACGUCCGUGGAGCAACAAACAGUCACUCAGACGGAAAUCUCCACUGCACCAGCUGCGAGCGAGACCGAAUUCCAGACUAUCACCUCCGCCUACACUUCAACGACGACCCAAACUCAAGCGCCUUCGACCGUCUAUAAGACGACGACGCUUCCAGCUGGCCCGCCUCAGACCAUUGUCGUUACAUCGACUGCUCCAGGACAAACCAUCACCAGCAUUUCUACUGCUCCAGGAGCCACAGAAACGGAAUACCGCACUAUUACUUCCGCAUACACGUCGACUACCACGCAAAAUCAAGCGCCCUCGACUAUUUACCAAACAAAGACGCUCCCUGCCGGUCCCCCACAAACAAUCGUAGUGACUUCGACUGCUCCAGCUCAGACCAUCACGAGUGUCUCCACAGCUCCAGCUGGACCGCCUCAAACGAUCGUCGUCACCUCAGUCCAGCCUGGCACCACCAUCACAAGCGUUUCGACGGCACCUGGCGCGGUAGAGACCGAGUACAGCACGAUUACGUCUGCAUACACCUCGACGACCACAGAAUAUCACGCCCCGACAACAGUUUAUCAAACCAGCACGCUUCCUGGAUCUGUCACGACUUCCACGGUUACUCUUCCCGCCGGCCCUCCACAGACAGUCGUCAUUACUUCGACUCAGCCUGGCGCUACCAUCACGAGCAUCAGCGUCUCGACCGCUCCAGCGGCGACGGAGACUCAAUACAGCACAAUCACAUCCGCGUACACCUCAACUACGACAAAGUACCAAGCUCCAACCACCAUUUACGAAACCAGCACGCUUCCGGGAUCGGUCACGACUUCGACUUUUACGCUUCCAGCUGGACCACCGCAGACCAUCGUCACCACCGAGACGUUGCCUGGCAAGACUAUUGUCAGCACGGAAACUCUUCCGGCGUCCACCGUGGUGCAGACGACCAGCAUUACGAGCGAGUUCACCACCACGAUCGUAUCUACUGAGGCGCCGUCGACUGUCUACGAGACCAAUACCAGCACUCUGCCUGCGUCUACGAUCACCGAGAUCUCUACCAUCUGUGAGACCAGCACCAUCACCUCUGCAUCAACUUCGACAUCCACGGUCUAUGAGACCUCGAUCGUCUCAACUCCGGUCUACAGAACUUCUACGGUGACCGAAGCUCCCAGCACGCAAUACGUUACGAGCACGGCAACUGAAGACAUCACGAUCACUCAAAUCUCUCGCGGUCCCGGCUCGACCGUUUAUCAAACCCGCACCGACGUUGAGAGCCUCACCGGAUACAUCACAGUGACUUCCGUCUCCACAGCCAGCGCUUUGCCCAUCACCAUUACAAAGUUCGGAGGAUACAACACCACCUGCAGCGCCGUCCCAAGCGGCCCAGUCUCGCCUCCGGAGACGUCUACAAUCACAAUCACCGCUCCUGGCGGCCAGACAACCAAGACCAUCGUGGACUCGACCACCUGCCCGAGCGCUGGCGUCUCAACGACUACGUCAACCACCACCUGCUACGAGACCAAGACGCAAACAACUUGCGCACGCAUCCCCAGUGGAUCCGUGAGCCCGCCGCAAACGACCACGAUCACGGUCUCGGCUCCCGGAAGCGUCUCGACGGUGUACGCCACAUCAUACAAGACAUCCACGGAAACCGUUUCCGGACCCGGCACGACCGCUACCAUGACAGGGAGCGCGGAGUGCAGCACCACCGGCGGCGGGGGCCCAUCAAGCUAUCCGAGCCCGGUGUCCUCGAGCCCGGCAGGACCGGCAGGAUACCCUACUGGUGGCCAGCAUGGUGGAGGAUGGGGUAAGAGCAGUUCUGUUUGGUGA